AUGAAGCCUUUUCGAUCGGCGCGAUCUAACGGCGGCGGACGGCGCAGGUCGCGCAUGGGCGUGAUCCCGCAGGAGCCGUUCAUCUUCGCGGGCAGCGUGCGCGAGAACGUGGACCCGCUGCGGCAGUACGGCGACGCGGAGGUGUGGCGCGCGCUCGAGGCGUGCGGCGCGCGCGGCGCGGUCGAGGCGCGCGGCGGGCUGCGCGCCGAAGCGACGCACCUCGCGCGCGGACAGGCGCAGCUGCUGUGCCUCGCGCGCGCGCUGCUGCAACGCGCCAAGAUCCUGCUGGUGGACGAGGCGACAGCGAACCUGGACCAGGAGGCGGAGCGGCUCAUCCUGGACACGAUCCGGUGCUCCUUCAGCGGCAGCACCGUGUUGUUCAUCGCGCACCGAUUGGCCGGUGUGCUGGAGUGCGACCGCGUCCUGGUGAUGGGCGGCGGCCGCACCCUGGAACUGCGCGAGCCCGAGGAGGCCCUGGCGGACCCCACCUCCCAUCUGUUCAGACUCCUCAACCCCGACCAGGAC